AUGAGAGGGUAUCACAGGUACCCGACAGUUAUGCUCGAAGCGGUGGCCUCUCAAGAUUUAUGGAUUUGGCAUGCUUUUUAUGGUCCAUCAGGUUCACAAAAUGACAUCAAUGUGCUCCAACAAUCUCCGUUAUUUCUUACUCAAAGAAAUGGAACCGCCCCAAAAUGCCCAUUUUACGUGAACAACCACUUGUACAAGCGUGGAUAUUAUCUUACCAAUGGAAUCUACCCUACUUGGUCCGUGUUUGUGAAAUCAUUUCCAUAUCCUCACAUUCCGAACGGAAAGAAGUUUAAGAGGCAACACGAGGCGGCAAGAAAAGACGUGGAACGUGAUUUUGGUGUUUUAAAGUCAAAGUGGGGUAUACUUAAUCGACCAAUGCGUGCUAUGAGUGUAAAAAAGAUUAGGCAUGUCAUAUACACGUGCAUUAUUAUACAUAACAUGAUUCUAAAAGACGACGAAAAUGCGAUAGCACCGGUACACAUUCGGGAUCAUCCAGUCGAGCUGGUUUUUGAUGAUACUGUUUUUAACAAGCCCAUUGAUAAAGUUACGCAUUGGAGACUAAAAUAUGAUCUCAUGGAGCAUCUUGGAGAAAUAGAUUUACCCUACCUUUUGGUGGAUUCCGACGACGAAUAA